AUGAAUCAAGAAUAUCUGAUCCUAACUGAAAAAAAUCAAGAAGAAUUAAAGAAGGAUGCAAAAAUUCAUGAACUUUGGAUAAAAAAUAUUUAUGAUCAUGGUAAACAUGCAAAAUUUAAGAUUAAAGAAAUUUAUCACUUCAUUAUUGUGGAAGCUAGUACUGUGGGAUGUGUGCUUACCAGAGAAUUGAUUCAUGGUAUUCCAAAUGUUAAUAUUCUAGUAUUGGAAGCUAGAGAACCUGAU